AAAAAUUGGAGCGAAUCGAAACGAAGGAACGCGAAGCCGGAACCAAUUUCGAUUUUUAUUUCAUUCCGAUUUUGAACGUUUUAACGAGCGAAAUCGUUCUUCUUUCCUUUGUUCUUUCUUCGAAAUUACAAAUACGUUUCGCAUCGUCACGAUGGAACAGAUCGACGGAGAACCGAAAAGUCCUCUCAGCAUCGUAAUCGACGAUUUCGACACGAAACAACAGAGACUGGACAACUCGAAGAGUCCCAAAAAAGUUGCCACUCGCUGCAACGUCAACGUCAAACACAUUUUGGACGAAGCGGAGAACCGCAAAGAGGAAUUCUACAAGUUGCUGGAGGAACACAAUCAGGUCGUUGAGAAUCUGAAGAGGAUGGAGACCAGAAACGAAUAAACCAAUGUUUGAUUAAUAAAAACUCCUUUAUUUAUUUA